CCAUGUGAGACCAGGCGAAUACAAAGAAUGGAAAAGCACAAUCUCAGGUGGAAUGUACACCCAUUUUGUUUUCUGUCUCGAUGGUGUGUCAAAGGUCAGUUUUUUGUUGUUUUUAGGGAGCCAAAGAGAGAAUGAUUAACUGCACUGUCAAGCAGGGAGUGUGUGUCUUUGACAGGCAGUGACAGCCCGGACGGUGGUGAGCAUCUGAUCAUGACAUGAUGUGCAUGAUGUGCAAGAACACAGGACGCGAAUAUGUUGUUUCUUUGUUUUGCAAUGCAACCUGCUGCUAAAGGGACUUUUGGCAGGCAAACAUGUUAAAAUCCUCAGGAAACUGAGACGGAAGCAGGAUCAACAUCAUCAGAAACAACAGUUGUCUUCAUCUCAUCCGCAGCAGCGAGGAAGCAAGGCGACGUGAAUAAUACACACCCAACAGAGGUAGCCAUGGCGUCGGCAGUGCUAGAACUGAUGGGCUUCUUCCUGGGCCUGGUGGGGAUGCUGGGCACCCUUGUGGCCACAGUGCUCCCCUAUUGGCAGAUUUCUGCACACAUCGGCUCCAACAUCGUGACGGCUGUGGCCAGCAUGAAGGGCCUCUGGAUGGAGUGUGUCUACCAGAGCACAGGGGCCUUCCAGUGCGAGACCUACAACUCCAUCCUUGCGCUGACGGCUGACCUGCAGGCGUCACGUGCCCUCAUGGUCAUCUCCUUGGUGCUGUCUAUGCUGGGUGUCGUCAUUUCAACUUUGGGGAUGCAGUGCACCGUCUGCCUUGAGGACUCUGGGGCGGCAAAGAGUCGAGUGGCUGGGACCGGGGGUUGCCUCUUCCUUAUUGCAGGCUUCCUGGCACUCAUCCCCCUGUCAUGGACCACACAUGAGGUGAUCCAGACUUUCUACAGUCCGACAAUGCCCACCAGUAUGAAGUUUGAGCUGGGUGAGAGCCUCUACCUGGGACUGGCCUCAGCGCUGCUCUCCAUGCUAGGGGGCGGCAUGCUGAGCACCUCCUGCUGUGAGGAGCAGGAGAGUGGCCGCAGAAGGAGGGGCGGUGGCUACCCUUACCCCAUUGGGGGCGGCACCAUGCUGGCCCCUGGAGUGCGCAACAACUCGCAGCCCUCCCAAAAUCUCACUCUUCAGAUGGGACGCCUGGGUUCAGCCAGUAGGGGGCAAAAGCUGGUCCGAAGUGGCAGCGAAAGCUCACACACAAGUGGGCGUGGAGUCCACAAGACCAAGAAACCCACAGCUGCAGGGUAUGAUGUCACAGGAUAUGUUUGAGGACAUCGGGACAUUUUUCUUCUUGGCUAUGGCUGCACCCCACCUCACCCAAAAAUGACUACUUGAAAAAUGUUGAAAUUGAAACAUUUUGAGACUGUAUGAUUUAUGUAAUAAAUACAUUUUGGCCUCUUUGAAGAACAUGACAAGAGUGAUC